AACUACUUCCAUCACCAAAUUCAAAACCAAAACCAAUCAAAAUUACAGAUUUGCUUUCACAUCAAUGAAGAGAGGUAGAGAAGAGGAAGCCAUGGACAUGGCCAAUUGCUUAAUGUUACUCUCCAAAGUUGGCCGAACUGAAGAAGAAACGACAGGUCGUAUGUUUUCGUGCAAAACGUGUAAUAGAAAAUUCCCUUCGUUCCAAGCAUUAGGUGGUCACCGUGCUAGCCACAAGAAACCAAAACUCAUUGGAGGUGAGUUGUUAAAGUUACCUAGCUCGCCGCCUAAGCCGAAAACCCAUGAAUGCUCCAUUUGUGGGCUUGAGUUCGCCAUUGGACAAGCUUUAGGAGGUCAUAUGAGGAGGCAUAGAGGUGUUGCUAAUAAUAAUAUGGUCGGUGAAGAGUUAGUGACUUUAGGAGGUCAUAUGAGGAGGCAUAGAGGUGUUGCUAAUAAUAAUAUGGUCGGUGAAGAGUUAGUGACUUUAGGAGGUCAUAUGAGGAGGCAUAGAGGUGUUGCUAAUAAUAAUAUGGUCGGUGAAGAGUUAGUGACUUUAGGAGGUCAUAUGAGGAGGCAUAGAGUGCCGCCGGUGGAAAACGACUUGACGUUGCAGUUAGGGAAGGUGGUGCAGAGUCCCCUUGUUUUGAAUUGUUUUAUUUAG